ACGACCAUAAAAACUAAAGAAGAAGAAUCAGGAGCAGGAGGAGCAGAAGAAGAAAACAGUCGCUGAUCACAUGACAUGACAAAGCAGCUAGCUGCUUCCUGUUUAGACUGCUAGCCACUUCCCAUCCAGACGGCCACUGAGCGAGACUGCGAUUACUGUGUCAUCCAAGAUGCUGGCCCUCAUAAACAGACUGUUAGACUGGUUCAGGUCGCUGUUUUGGAAAGAAGAGAUGGAACUCACGUUGGUGGGACUUCAGUACUCCGGAAAAACCACAUUUGUAAAUGUGAUUGCUUCAGGACAGUUCAGUGAAGACAUGAUCCCCACAGUCGGUUUCAACAUGCGGAAGGUCACUAAAGGCAACGUGACGAUAAAGAUAUGGGACAUAGGUGGACAACCCCGCUUCAGAAGCAUGUGGGAGCGCUACUGUCGAGGAGUGAAUGCUAUUGUUUACAUGGUGGAUGCAGCAGAUCGAGAAAAAAUUGAAGCUUCCAGAAACGAGCUGCACAACCUUUUAGACAAACCACAACUACAAGGAAUUCCUGUUCUAGUACUCGGCAACAAACGAGACUUACCCAACGCACUCGAUGAGAAGCAGCUUAUUGAAAAGAUGAACCUUUCAGCCAUUCAGGACCGAGAGAUCUGCUGCUACUCUGUCUCCUGCAAAGAGAAAGACAACAUAGACAUCACACUGCAGUGGCUCAUCCAGCAUUCAAAGUCACGGAGAAGCUGAAGGACCGCCCUCACCCCCCUCCCCCGGUCACAGCUCUGGCCUCAGCCCCGCUACGGUCAUGGGUCCCUUCCACUGGCUCUCUCUGCUCACUACCAUCACUACCUGCACCACCCGCACCACCCAGUACGCCACCAUCGCCGUGUAACCCCGUGCAACACUACUGGGCCAGAGGGUGGACUGUCCAUACUCGCCUUGCCUUAUCACUAGCCAUUAUGGACAUGCUCUGCAUCUGUGUACAUCAUGAAGGUUUCCUUUUUCUUCUCAUGGUUUCCAGGAAUCUUACUGGUAUUACAGCUUACUGUUCCCUGAAUCCAGUUGGUCGGUGCUCCUCUAUCCCGCCAUCAAACAUCUGCUGUGUUGCCCAUCAGCAUUCGGUGUUCGUGUGACAUUGUGUGGUUGUACUGUAGAACGGUUGUUUGUCAAAUGCCGAUGGUUGCUUUUGCUAAUGCCUUUUAAGUCCUGAUAAUCUCUUAGCAACGUAGCCUGCAUUUUAUCUGCCGGCACAUGAAAGUUUCUCAGUUAUCCAGUGACUUGAACCCAAGUUUACAUAUGAAACUGAAAAAUGAAAAAUGAGAUGUUUUUCUUUCUUUUGGAGCAGUUGUGUCAGAGGCAAAAAUCUUAAGAAAAUUUUAAGUGCCUUCGGCUACAAUCAGACAGGUUAUUGCCCAAUGCAGCGUCUAACUCAGACGCAGCGUAGAUCCCUUGAUUACACUUAACACCGCUCGUCGACAAUCUCAUUUUAUGUUUGUAAUCACAUAAACACAUUAUGAUGUCUGAGAAAAGUCCAGGAAGAAUGAGGAAUGAAAUGAUGAGAAAUGUGAGAAAACGUUUGGUUGCCCGCUCAUUUGAAUGCUGUUUCACUUGUAGCCUUCAACUGUUCUGUAGCUUUGCAGCGUGCUUGCGGCUCUCAGGUUGUUAAAGGUUUUCUUUUUAAAGAAGAGCCUGAACGCUGUUCGCCCGGGCGUUGGAUAACAGAAGGCCAGUGUUUGUUCUGGACUUCCAGACAUCAGAGGAUGAAAAGCAUUGGAUGCUCGAUGUCGCAGCUCCUUCUGUACCCUGAUAUCUUCUUGUGAAAGCCUUAGCAGUCCAACAACACCUCCAUCUCCUCUGAAAAUGUCUUCUGAUAGGUUCAGCCACUGAUCUGCUCACGUAUUUAUAUUUUUUCUUUUGUGUAUCUUUGGUAGAAUUGCCCCUACACAGCUUCUGCGUUUCAUGGCGGCGUCUACACGUCUGCUGAUGAUGGUCCUGAUUGUGAAUGUCUAUAGUUGGGACCACAGCAGCAGUGGGGGGCUGUUUAUUUGAGCGACUGCGAGUCCUUCUGCAGAAAGCUUUUGUUACCUGUGUAAUAUUAUAGCCUAUUUGCAAUUUGUAUGUGCAUGUGCUCGGCUAGUUCACAUUCAGUUGCAGACUUUGUAAAUAAGACGUUAGCAUUUUUAUUGGAACAGAUGCUCCUGUAGAUGUCAUGGAUUCUCUCCCUGUGAUUGCUAAUAAAUUUGUUUUUAUUUUUAAGGGUU